AUGCCUUCACGGGGCUUACUUCUCAACUUACAGAGCUGGCAUGAUCCUUCUUCUCUCGGCCUGUGCCAUUUUCAUGGUGCUCGAAAAGUGUUCAGGAUUUGGAUGAGCCAAUUCAACCUCACGGACCUUCAGUUUCCGUCUCACCGCGUCCAACGCUUGAUCGUUUCAUCAAUGGUCUAUUGGGAAGUGAUGGCCUCUUGCUUGAUUGAUCAAGAGGUUAGCGCACUCUCAUAUCUCGACGUGUUCUCCGUUCUGCCACCUUCGACCUUUUGUCAUCCGUGUCCAUGGACCGGAGUCGGCACGAAUAUUUUGAUCAGCGUCGCCAAAUCUAUGGCAUUAGUGCGGCAGAAACGACGUCUGAUCUCAUACAAUUAUUCAACGAAGGAUUUUAUAGAGGUAUCAAGCCGCACCGUCGAUUUACUCAGCCAAGCUUUUACUUUAAGUCUGGACAUAGACCACUGCCAAAUACCAACUCCUGCAACGGUACAGAGUACGGGCGACUACAGGACUCCGUCAGAUCAUCUCUGUAAGAUAGCUAAGUGCUAUCAACUGGUUGGUCGCCUUGAGCUUGAUCGGGCAUUCCCCGAAGUCGCACAAUGCUUACAGGAUGACCAAAACCAAGGCACAAUACUCUCACGGCAUAUUUUAGAGCUUGCAGUGAAGAUAUUAGAGAUUAUGAACACGAUUCCCCAGGACUCCCGAACCAUUGCCAUUCAGACCAUUAUAUUCCUAGCAGCGGGAAGUGCACUUGGAUCAACUUCAAACACAAACACAAACAUCAAAGUGUUAGUGGCAAACUGGAGGAGAUUUGUACUUGAGAGGUUGCAUAGGUCAUUCUUGUCUCUCAAACUUCAGACGAUUAAUCGGGCAGCCGCUGUGCUUCAGAGGGUCUGGGCACAGAUGGACUCAGUGGCCCUGGAGGGGCCUGAUUCCACUUCUUAUGAUAGGAGUCCAAUUUUACGCGUGCAUUGGAUUGAUGUUAUGAAAGAAGCUGGGCUGAAGACUAUUCUAGGAUAUUCGCUUCACGCUUAUACUCAUGCAGUAUCGCGGAAGUCCGAGAAAGCAGUUACACGUAUGAAGCUCGGAGAGUCGGACAAUGGAUAA